AUGGAGUCGUUUCGCGUAUUUCAUAAUUUUAAGUUGGACAUUCUCGACGAGAGUUGGAUCAAGUCAGUUUGGGACGCCGAGUUUGUUAUUUAUGACGAGCCAUCCAACGAGUGUCUUGAUUACUUGGAGAGCGAUGACGUGAGGCGGUUGCUACAGGAGUCCCGCCUCGAGCUGGAGGCAUGGCUUGCUGCGAACGAAUGCGGCGGGAGCCCCGAAUUUUCAUGGCAGGCCCUGAUGAUGUUGAACAUCAACGUCCGCGGUUUACUUGCUAUGCUAGGUUAUAUAAUGAAGACGGGCCAGCAAGAGACAAACAAGGACUCCAUCCAGGCAUGUCUGGAAGCCACAAGUUUGUACCUUAUGUUCCUCACGAUACCUGGCAGCAGUGCGUUCAGAGUUUACCAUCCGAAUUUAUACCAGAGAGCGAUAGAUACAUUGAAAAUAUCCAAGAGUUUAUUCUCCAUUAAAAGUAAUAAAGAGGAAGACGAUGAAUUGUCUUUAUAUUCCAGUUUGUUGCAUUCUGAGAAAUUAAAACUCACAAGAGGAUUAAACAGGAUUAUUUCUAAUCUCAUUACAAUGUUGAAAUCAUUUCGCUUUAAAGAAGACGCCGAGUCCUUAGAUGUUACAAUUCGCAUAUUGCUAAAUAUCACAAGAUUGGAAAUGUACGUCAAGUCUCACUACAAUUCAGGAAUAACGUCUUUAUCUCAGAAUGCGUUUGCAGCUCUGCAAGAGCUAUGCAAUAGCAAUCAUGGAACAGUAGCUUUAACUAUAAUGUUAAUAGCGCAGUAUAUGUUGCCUGAUUUGUCAUUUCAUCACGCACAACCAAAAUCUAUAACUAUUGUACAUGAAGCAGCUGUAUAUUUUCUGAAGAAUUUAUUAACAAUUCAUGAGCAGGAAACUGUGCAGGGAAUUGUCACUUUAAUACAUCAGUUGAUGGUAAACUGUCCAGAAAGAUCGGAAGGCCGUCAAAGGCAAGCGGUUGUUAUAAUAAAAUUGUUGAAUAUAUGUAAAGAAGAUAUAAUUCUUGACAUUUUUAGAGACAUAAUAUUAUUUUCACACAAUAAUAAGUCAUCUUAUAGAUUAUUUGCACAGGAAAUUGUAGGAAUGCUCUUGACAGAAUCGUUUCUAACGAACGAUAACUUAAACAAAAAUAUCAAGAUGAAAAUAAGAAGGAUUUUGAUAGCUAUUGUAUUGUCUCGCUGUAUGGAUCGGUCUGCUUUAGUGAGAGGAAGAGCUAUGGCCACGCUUGCUUUGUUCUCUGAUUGCAACAACGAAGCUGACAGGGUUGUUCUUCAAAGUAUAUUCAAAGUUUCAGUCUCAAAUAAAACGUUUCCCAUGCUUGAAGAUCUAGAAGAAGCGUUGUUGAAGGAUGUUGAUCUGUUACCAGGAUCAGCUGCUUUAAUUGCAAUGUUGUUGGAUAGAAUCAAUGACGAGCGUGCACUAGUGCGACGGAAUGCUUUGAAGAUCUCGAGAAACCUCGCCAUCAUGUUCCCAUCGCUAGUAAGUAAAAUGUUGCAGGUAAUAAGCGAUCGUUGCAGAGAUUCCACCUUAACUGUGCGCCAAUUUGCCGUGCACAUUUUAUCCGAAAUUUUGCAGGAGUUCCCUCACAAUUCAAGUCUUCUCGACGAAUGGAUACAGGCUGUUGUACCGCAAAUAUUCGACAUUGAGGCAAGAGUACAAGGGAAGGUGCUGGAGUGUCUGGAAGACGUGUUGAUAAAUAGAAUAACGAACGCCACUAACUAUAUUCCGAAUGCUGCGAAUAGCUUACCAUGGAGGAUUCUGAAUAGGUUGAGUAAUCUGAGAAUGAGGAAACAUCUGUCGAAAGCUUGCAGCUUGUGGGUGAAGAACGGUGUUAUUAGCGAGUCUAUGAUAUCGAAUUUGCAAUCGCACGUUGGUACAGAUAAUACUAUAGGCGCGUGGAUUCUGUUGGCCGCUUUAUCCGAGAAUAUGAAGAUUCCGAAUAUACGUAAAUAUAUCACGGAUUAUAAGGAAAUUAUUCGAAAGAACGAUUUCCACGCGAGUUUAGUUUUACACGUUUUGAGACACGCUUGGUCUGUCUUGGAUCACGAUUGUCUCGAAGAUCUCUAUCAGCAUCUUCACAAAUCUAUUUGCCAAUUUGAAAUCAAUUUUAACUUAAUCAGCAUCUGUCUAGAUAUUUUGAAUAGUAUUUUACGAUAUUUACAUGCCGACCAGAGCAGCCAUGCGAUAGAAUCGGAUAUGGUGAAACUGAUGAAAUUGUCGGAGACAGAGAUUCAAGAUUUGUUGAGGGAGAACAGAAAUUGUACGCAAGACACAGUGAAAAUCAGAGCUGUAUUUACGCUGGGCCAUGCAUCGCUUUUCUGCACCAACAAAAUUUCAUCGUCAACUUUACGAAUUUUUGAAAGAUUACUGUUGCAGUGGGAAUCACUACCAGAUACGGUGAAAGAAAUGAAGGAUCUUCAGGCGUCCGCGGUGAUCCUUCUCUGUCAGCAAGCGCUGAGAGAUUGUAAAGUCGCGAGGGAAGUCACACCGAUACUUGGUAACGUAAUGCGUCAGGGAACGAAUUCGAAUUCGUUGAUAAAAACGUCGGUCAAGAUAAACGCUGCGAAAGCGCUGGCCGAUAUCUGCGUGAGAUUUACUGCUCUUGUGGAGCCAUACCUUCCGGAUUUAUGCAUCAGCAUGAAGGAUCCGAAUCCAGCCGUACGAGAAGCCAUAGUGGUGAUAUUUAUUCAGUUAUUGUUGGAAGAUUUUAUAAAACUGAAGGGACCAUUUUUUUUUCAUAUAUUAACGAUGCUGUCGGACACAAACAGCAUGAUACGUGAGCUAACUACCUUUCUAGUGGAAGAGAGACUUUUGAUGAAGAACAAGACUUUGAUUUCUCAACAGUUUCUGGAUAGCAUAUAUCAUUACAACAAUUACCACUCCCGAAACGCGUAUACCGGCCAUAGAAUGCUCGAUCAGGAGAUGAAGCUUCUAACUCUGCCUGGAAGAGCGAAUGAAAAGAAACGUAAUGUCAUUUACGAAUUUAUGUUGGAGCAUCUGGACAUGUCCGCGAAGUUUGAACUUGUUACGAAACUGACCAAGCAUAUAUUUCGUGAGGUAUGCGAUGGGAAUUCUAUCGACGUUACGAUCGAGGAGGGUGCAUGCGUCUUGAAAGAUGCAUUGUUCAUACUCAACAAUAAUCGUUUGCAACUAUCUUCUGGUGAAAGACACAGAGAUGAUACGGAGCUUGAUGAAACAAGUUCGACUCCCUCAAGUACACCUAACAACGCUUCGAAUGUCAUUAUAACGGGAUUGAAAAAACAUAACUUAGAUAAUUUAUUACCUACAAUAAUUAUGCUUAAAAAGAAAUUAGUUGCAUUAAAGUUUCCCUUGAAAGAAGAUGUAGACAAAUUGUUAUUCAAAAUUUACUCGGAAUAUGACAAAGAGCAGCUAGUCAAUUUAUUAGAUGAAUAUCCUGAAUUAGAAAAAGAAAUGGAUUCUUAUCAACGGAGACUGAAGGAUAAAAUAAAUUCAGAAAAUAACGGUGAAAGCAGUUCGUCGGCCAAUAUAGGUAACAAUGAUUCGCUAAUAGGUACAUGUAAGCGAGCAACACCCCGAGUCUUACUCCAUCGUAUUUCACCCUCGUUACUCACAUCAUCUUAUGACAAGUUAAUUGCAAGUCCGGUGCACCUGGAAAGAUUGUUGCUACAAACACCACCUCCAGAGCCGAGCUUUAUUACCAGCACGCCUACAUUGACGCAGAAUUUAAAUUCUAGCGAUUUUCUCACUUCAAGAAAAAGAUCAAACGAGCAAGAAAUAUCACCAGAUAUUUCUCGUAAAAAUCUAAAGGUCAGUGAUUAA